AUGGCUAGCACUGGAGGGUCUUUUCAGCCUAGGAAAAUCUAUAAUGCCCUCGUAGGUACUGAAGAGAAACCAGCAUGGAGACACCUUAUGUUUUGUAAUUAUGCGAGGCCGCGAGCCAUCUUUAUACUUUGGCUGGUUUGUAAUGGUCGAUUGGCAACCAAGGAGCGUUUGAAGAGGUUUGGAAUGAUCGCGGAUGAUUGUUGUAUGUUUUGCUCUGAGCAAGAAACAAUCAACCAUUUAUUCUUUGGUUGUGCAGGAUUGAAGGGAAUAUGGGUGAAGGUACUGGACUGGAUCCAAGUUACUCAUAGCCCGUUGCCUUGGGACAGGGAGAUGGACUGGAUUGUUCGAAACUGUAAGGGAAAGAGCUGGCGUGCUACAUUACUCAAGUGUGCCCUUACUGAAUCUAUAUAUUCCAUUUGGAGAAUGCGUAAUGAGAAGGUGUUUGGUCAUGAUAGAUAUAGUGGAUUUAUAGAAAAAGAAAUCAUAGAUAGUUUAGUCUAUAGAUUAUGGAACAUUAAGAAAUAUAGGAGUUACUUAGCUAGCCUUAUGUUAUAG